CGCCAUUCCUGAACGAAAAAAAAAAAAAAGAGACUGCAGCCGCCCAAAUUUGCUCUUGUGAUUACAAUCGUGCUUCUAUGUCGAGGGAAACGGCGUGAGCGCCUAGAGCCGGAUCGAGUGAGAGCGAGGAUGAGCAGACGAGAGAUCUAAGAGAGGAAGAGAAGAACGGGAGGAGCAGAGUAGGUAGGCGAGCGAGAGAGGCGUCGGCAGCGGCAAGCUUGAGGACUCCAAGAUUAUGGAUUUCUCUAUUGCCAUGCUCCGAUAACCUCUUGCUCUAUGGAUUGGCUGAACAAAAUCUUUAAGGGGUCGAACUAUAAAAUUUCUGAAGGAAAAUACAGUGAAAACUGUGGGCAUGAUACGGACUGGAAAGAGAACACAGAUUCCUUGGAUGCUCUUUCAGAUUUUGAUGAUGAAGAUAUAGAUCGUGCUAUUGCACUCUCACUUUCAGAAGAAGAACAAAAUAAGGCAAAGGAGAUUGAUACUGGGUCUCACUUGGAUGAAGAUGAGCAACUUGCCAGAGCUUUACAAGAGAGCAUGAAUAUUGCUUCACCUCCUCGUGAAAAUGGCUAUCCUUCUUCUCUUGGGAAUGAUCAUCCUGCUGUCUUUGAUAAUGGACACUCCCAUGCUCGUGAAAAUGGGCACAGGAAUAUUUAUCAACCGAUAACAUUCCAGUACUCUUCAGGAUUCAGAAUAUGUGCUGGUUGUAAUACUGAAAUUGGUCAUGGACGCUUUCUCAGUUGUAUGGGCGCUGUUUGGCAUCCUGAGUGUUUUUGCUGUCAUGCUUGCAAUCAGCCUAUAUCUGAUUAUGAGUUCUCAAUGUCUGGGAACUACCCAUAUCACAAAUUUUGUUACAAGGAACACUAUCACCCAAAAUGUGACGUUUGCAAGCAAUUUAUCCCAACAAACAUAAAUGGCCUCAUCGAAUAUAGGGCACACCCUUUCUGGCUACAAAAGUAUUGUCCCUCACAUGAGAUUGAUGGUUCGCCUAGAUGCUGCAGCUGCGAACUAGUUGAGCCAAGAGACGCAAGAUUUGUGACACUUGAUGAUGGGCGGAAGCUAUGUCUUGAAUGUUUGGAUUCAGCUAUAAUGGACACUAGUGAAUGCCAACCGCUUUACCUAGAUAUACAAGAAUUUUACGAAGGCUUGAACAUGAAAGUAGAGCAGCAGGUUCCUUUGCUUUUGGUAGAGAGACAAGCUUUAAAUGAGGCCAUGGAGGGGGAAAAGGGUGGACAUCAUCACCUUCCUGAAACUAGAGGUCUCUGUCUCUCCGAAGAGCAGACUGUUAGCAGUAUACUUAGAAGACCUCGAAUUGGGAGUGGUAACAGAGUAGUGGAUAUGAGGACAGAGCCAUAUAGAUUGACACGACGAUGUGAAGUCACAGCCAUUCUAAUCUUGUAUGGGCUUCCAAGGUUACUUACUGGGUCAAUUCUAGCACAUGAGAUGAUGCAUGCUUGGCUACGACUUAAAGGGUACCGUGGACUGAGUCCAGAAGUGGAAGAAGGAAUCUGCCAGGUGCUGGCGCAUAUGUGGUUAGAUUCAGAGAUCAUGUCAGGUUCUGGCAGUUUUGGUGCGUCCACCUCAUCAGCCUCUUCGUCUUCAGCAACAACAAAGAAGGGUAGGAGAUCACAAUCUGAAAGGAAGCUUGGGGACUUCUUCAAGCACCAGAUAGAAUCAGAUACCUCAUUGGCAUAUGGAGAUGGUUUCAGGGCUGGCAAUCGGGCAGUUCUUCAGUACGGCUUGAGAUGUACUCUUGAACACGUCAAAUAUACUGGGAGUUUUCCUAUCUAAAUGAUUGCUUUCUUCAUUUUCAUUAUUUAUUUCCUUCUUGCUCUUGCAUUGUCUUUAAAGAGAAUACCAAUAUGAUUUGUAAUUAUCAUUGAAGACAAAGAAAAUUGAGAGAAAAUCAAAGGAUAUAGGCCUAGAGAGUUCUCAUGCGGGGAAGGCAUUUGAACAGUUUCUUUGGAAUUUUUGUUAUAUAUUAAUUGUGAACAAUUUAGACUGUGAUCUUUUCUUAUGCUCUCAAGAGAAUUAUUCUGACUCUUUCAUGAAAA